GUGACGUCUCUCUCCCGGAAACGUGCGCGUGCAAGCAGUCGACAAACGUCAUGGCGGCCAGACGCCUCUAUAUGGCUACCCGUACGUGGGGUGCCUGGGAUCCCCGGGACCUCUCAGACCGCGUCGCCACUGGAAGAUUCUUGGUUCGAGCUUAUGCCAAGAAGCCAGUCAUGAAGGGAUUCAAGGGCGUCAAAGGCGCCAAAGGCGGUGUGGUUGGCGAGGCGCUGAAGGACCCAGAUGUGUGCACAGACCCUGUGCGCCUCACCACACACGCCAUGGGCGUCAACAUCUACAAGGAGGGCCAGGAUGUGGUCCUGAAGCCGGAUGCUGAGUACCCAGACUGGCUGUUCCAGAUGAACGUGGGCCCCCCCAAGAAGCUGGAGGAGCUGGACCCCGACACCCGCGAGUACUGGCGACUGCUUCGGAAACACAACAUCUGGCGGGAAAACCGGCUGAACAAGAACAGGAAGUUCUAAUGGGCCAGGAGGGCGCGGUGUCCCCUUGCUCCCCAAGGACUCUUUUCAGGGAGAAAAUGGACUUUGCCAGGACCGAAGGAGGCCCCAGCAUGGGGGUGGUGGCCCUGUAGUGAGGCUAGAGCAGCCCCGGGCCAGUAAGGACAUCUAGGCUGGGUGCAGGCUGCACUUCUGAGGCCGAGGCAGGCGCAGGGUGAGUUCAAGCCCAGCCUGUGCAGUUUAGCAGCUUAGUGAGAGCCUGUUGCCCUGUCUCAGAUAUAAAAGGGUCAGGGCCAGGGAUAUAGCUCAGUGGCACAAGCACCUGCCUGGCAAGUGCAAGGUCAUGAGUUCGAUUCCUGGUACCAAAAAUUAAAAAACGAAAGGGACCUUGGUUCCACCCUCAGUGCCACAAUAAAAAGAAAAGAGACGAGACAAGCUCUCUCGGCAGCCCUGGCGCACCUUGGCAGCGUCGGACGUUGGGCCAGCAGUGGGGAGCCCACCCCUCCAGCCUGUGGAUCCUGGCCUGCACCUGAGUCCAGGCUGCCCCCUGGGAUUGCCUAGCCCAGCCCGGGAGUCGAGGAGGCCCAAGGUAAGCUGGUGUCUGUGGCAGGUGGCUCAGACCUGACGCAGCUGUCGGAGCUGGUGUCACAGGCACGGCUGGGUCCAGGUGCUUCAGGAUUCGGAUCUGUGGCUAUCGAGCCUGGGACCUUUUGGCCCCCAGUGGGUGGUGCUCUCGGGCAGGGGUGGCCUCAGGACUCCGGGCCAACACCCUCACCCUGCUCAGCAAGCAGAGCCGAGGAGGAAGUGCCCCUUCCUUCUUUCUGGCUAGGGCUGCAGGGGCCUCAUGCGCCCAGGGAGCUGGCCCUGCCCCCCAGCCCUCUCUGGGCCACCCUGUCGUCUUGUCCUAGGGGCCAGGCCCAAGCCCGUGGGUUGGAGGUGCCCAGUUAGGAAGGAGGGGCCCUCGUGGGAGGUGCCGUGCUGCAGACUUUACCAGUGUCCUCCCCCUCUGGGGCCCUCAGUCCUCGUCGGCAAGUCAGGCUAAUGGUCCCAUCCCAGGGAAGUGGUGGCAACCUAGGGAACCGUGCUGUGGCCUACACUGAUGGCCCAGCCUUCUCACCAUUCCCAGAGCAGUCAGGUAAAAACCAGUGUGACCAGGGACACAGCCCUGCCUGCCCUGUCCCGUCCUGUCAUCUCCCACUGCUCCAGCAACAAAGGAAUUGCUGGCCUGACUCACUCCUGCCCCAGGACCUUUGCAUGGCUGCAAAUGGCGGCUGCAGCGCCCUCCCCCCUGCACCCUCGCGGCGUCUGCCGUCACCCCUCUUGGUGUCUGCUGUCCUGACACCCACCCUGGUCGUGCUGCAGCCCUGGCCACACCAUCACCCUGCUUGUUUUUUUCUAACACUCAGCACUGACGUUCUGAUCUUC